AUGGUAAAUAUAGUCUACAAUUUCCUGGACAUUUUCACGAUUUUCGUGCCAAUUAACGCGAUUCUCCACUGCCUUCUCUGCCUUGGAGUGAACACUUUGUACCGGAAAACUGUGGGGAGGAUGUUUUGUGGUGAAGAGGUGGCCAGGAAGACCUCGAAGUCAGUGUCCCCCCAUUCAUCAACUUUGGUAGCUUUGGAGCUCGUAUUUCUGGAUAUUUUUGAAUAUAACACAUUGUAA